AUGGGUUGUUCCUGCAGUUGCUUGAAAGGCCAUGAAGAUUCAGGCCUGUACCGCCAAUUGCUAGCCGACAAUGAAAGAGAAGCUAUUGCGUCUCUCUUGGAAUACCUAGAAAACAGGUCAGGUGUUGAUUUCUUUUCGGAAGGCCCAUUAAGGGCCCUAAGCACUCUGGUUUAUUCUGAUAAUAUCGACCUACAAAGAAGUGCAGCUCUAGCUUUUGCCGAAAUAACCGAAAAGGAAAUUCGUCCUGUAACCAGGGAUGUCCUAGAACCUAUACUUAUAUUGCUGCAAAGCUCUGACCAGGAGGUCCAAAGAGCCGCCUGCGCAGCUUUGGGUAAUUUGGCCGUCAACGACGAAAAUAAGGUAUUGAUUGUUGAAAUGGGUGGCCUCACCCCUUUGAUCAGACAGAUGAUGUGUCCAAAUAUUGAAGUCCAGUGCAAUGCCGUCGGAUGUAUUACCAACUUGGCUACCCAGGAUGAAAAUAAAACUAAAAUUGCAAAGUCCGGCGCCUUGAUUCCCUUGACCAAAUUGGCAAACUCACCCGACUUAAGAGUUCAAAGAAACGCCACUGGUGCUUUGUUAAACAUGACACACUCUUACGAAAACAGGAAAGAACUGGUUGAGGCAGGCUCUGUUCCUGUUUUGGUUCAAUUAUUAUCGAAUUCUGACCCAGAUAUUCAAUAUUACUGUACAACUGCCUUAUCGAAUAUUGCGGUUGAUGAAGAAAACAGGAAAAUACUCUCUACCACUGAGCCGAAACUAGUAAGCCAAUUAGUUCAAUUGAUGGAUUCUUCAAGUACCAGAGUCCAAUGUCAAGCAACCUUGGCCUUGAGAAACUUAGCCUCGGACGCUCUAUAUCAACUAGAAAUCGUCAGAGCUGGUGGGUUACCUAAUCUGGUUCAAUUACUACAAUCACCUCAUGAACCAUUAGUUCUGGCUGCCGUUGCUUGUAUCAGAAAUAUCUCAAUUCAUCCGAUGAACGAAGUAUUAAUCAUUGAAACUGGAUUUCUCAAACCCUUGGUCGAUUUGGUGGAUUACCCAAAUAACACCGAAAUUCAGUGCCAUGCAGUUUCCAGUUUGCGGAACUUGGCAGCUAGCAGCGAAAGAAACAGAAUGGCAUUGUUAGAAGCUGGCGCAAUAAAAAAAUGUAAAGAUAUGGUAUUAAAUGCCCAAGAAAAUGUUCAAAGUGAAAUAUCAGCUUGCUUUGCGAUCCUUGCGUUGGCUGAUGAGUUGAAAGAAAAAUUAUUGGAUAUGGGUAUCAUUGACGUUUUAAUUCCUCUGACAAAAUCUUCAAAUGCUGAGGUUUGCGGUAACUCUGCUGCAGCUUUGGCAAACUUAUGUUCAAGGAUAAAAGACUACAGUGUGAUUUUAGAGCAUUAUGACGACUUGUCUGACUUCAUUUCAAACUUUUUGAAGAGUCGGAAUCCAACGUUCGAACACAUUGCUCUUUGGACCAUAUUACAACUUCUCGAAUCCAAUAACAAGGAAAUCAAAGAUAAGAUUAAAAAGGAAAUAAGUAAGGGUAAGAUAGAUCUAACGAAUUUGACUGGAGAAAAUAACGAAAACCAUGAGAUAUCAAACCUAACAAUGCAAAUUCUAGAUUUAAUAAAAUAA